GACAUGAGGAACGUAAUUUCAAAUGUGCAUACAUUUUGAAGAGGAACGAUCAUUUUCAAGAAUAAUUCCUCGUGCAACAAUAAUUACAUAUAUGUUUCAAAAGGUUAAAUAGAAAAAUCAAUGCAUAAAAAUUAAUAAUAAAACGGAAAUAUGAAAAUUUUGAGUUGAAUAAUCAAAUUAAUCAGUUAAAAAUUGAAAGGAUUUGAUCAUUAAAUCGGUUCACCGAUCGUCAGGUCAGGUUAAUUUGAUUUCCUUUUACUAUGUUAUGUCGCUGAUUCUUACACAGCCUUUUCAAUGAAAAUGCCAACUACCAUAAACAAAGUGGAGGCUAAGCUAGCCUCUCCCGAAUUAGGUGACGCAGCAAAACAGUGUAUCAACUGUUUAGAAAAGAAAGUGAGAAAUUUGGAAAAGAGGAAGGUAAGAAUAUUAAUGUAGAAAUAUUUUAAACGAAUAAGCAGAAGGGACAUACCGGGGUCACUCCGACAUCGACAUCACAGUUUUUUAGUUUCGGCAAGGCAUGGCGCCACUAUAUUGAAAGUAGUUAUAUUAUAUUUAUAAUUUUUAAAUUAAAUCCAGAUUAUUUCUCAUCACACCAGUGUCACAUUACGUCUGUAUUGUUUCAGGUUAAUUCACAUACCCUUAUUAAGCAAAAAAAAAGUUAAAUUGUAUAAAGAGUUUCAAGCAUGCUGAAAUCCAAGAUGGCUACCUUUUUUUUGCUCAGAAUUAGAUGUAGAUUGAGCUUGAUUUCACUUACAACUUAACUGUAAAAGUUUGUCAUUAAUUUUGUUUGUUGACUUACCAAAGCCCCUACUUGAAUUUGUCUUUAGCAAAGUUCAUUCUCAUAUCGCUUAUUUAGGUCCCAUAAAUGGUUGUUUUAAUAAAUUUGUAGGCCUAUAUGCCUAUAUUAUAUGAAUAUGAAGUAUAUGACCCACAUAGCACAUAUGAGACAUAUGAAAUGAAAAUUUGGUGGUUGUUAAGGGUGAAACCAAAAAAAGUUAGUUAUGAAGAGCAAACUUCAAAUAACAAAAUGAAACCAGAAUCAACCUUCUAGCUUUAGUACUUUUUAAGCUAUUAAUUUUUGAAGUGCGAGUUGGUUUAAGUUUAAGCUUGGGCUUGGGAUUUUUUAUUUAAUGGCAGUACUAUUGACCAUAGUUAUGGACUACACCUCCACAUUUGUGACUUCAUUCGGCUGAACGUGUCAAGCGCUAUUACUCUUGUUUAAAUGAUAAUAUUAUGCAACUUUUAUUUUCAGGAGUAAUCAUUGCUAGGUAUUAAAUUUUGUAAUUUUAACAAUAUUAUGCAAUUAUAUUAUAAAUAAAUUGUAACUUUUCUAGCUAUGACUGCUAUGUAAUGCAUUAUUACAUUUUGUGCAAUAUGGAUGUUCUGUUUACUAAGUCUAGUGUCCAUUUUAUAUAUAUAUAACAGUCUAUGUAAGGCAAGGCAUCCCCUACAAAUAAUACUGGUUUGGGACUACUUAUUGUGAACUUUUGCUGCCUUUGACAAAUGUUGCCAAUGAUUUGAUAGUGUGUUGGCACAUUCAUUCUCUUAUUCUUAUGAAUGAAACGAUCAGCAUUGUACUAUAGUAGUAUAAGACUUGCCAGGACUGGAAUGGUUGCCCAUGACAACAUUUUACACACUGCAAAUUAGGAUCAUUUAUAAUAUUGACUAUCAUGAUUUUUAAACCUCAAAUUAAAAACAUUCUUUUUUAAAAUACUUUUCGGUUAAUUCCUAAACACAAGCUAUCUUAAAUAUUUUGAUGUAAAUAGUGGUAAUAAUUGAAUAUUUCCUAAUUAUAGGCAUCUUCUGCUAUAUAAGCAAAGGGGGCAUGGCCCACAUCAUGGUCGAAAUUGGGCUGAAUAACCUUAUGGGAAUGUGGGUUACAGUUGAACGCCGGACACGACCUACAUCAAUAAGAAUUGACACACAUAUAGAUUAAGACCAUCUGAAAAUACAUAUACUCUACAGUUAUGAAGUAUCAAUGAAAAUAAUUUUGUGGUUGGGGUCGCCACAACAUGAGGAACUGUAUUAAAGGGUCGCGGCAUUAGAAAGGUUGAGAACUGCUGGAUUAAGAUAUAAUGCUUUUCACUAUUUAAUACAAAAUAUCUUGUUUUGAACUUCAUAAAAAAAUUUGGACAGAAUGAUGGCUAAUAUCAUACCUAUGAAUUUCCAAAACUAAGGUGGAUUGAAAAAGGCAAAAACAUUACGUUGGAAUGUAAGUCAAGAUGUCCCCUAUCAUAAACAUGUGGGAGGAUACCACAAUUAUUAGUCUUUUUAUUAAUGACCACCAGCUUCCAAAAAUAAAAAAAUUCUGAUUCUUUUUUCUGAUUCAUAUUUUUUGUGUAAAGGGUGUCUUUCUGACAUGAAAUGUUGUCCAUAUAAAUUGCAACAUAUCUACAUUCUUGAGGUCAGGACCAAUUUCAUUUGUGAAAAAAUGCAUACCAAAUUUUUGUCUCGUGUCCCAAAAUUACCCAUUAUCGAUAACAGUUAACUAAAAAAUUAAACCAAAGCAAUAAAAAAACUUAAUAUGCAAUUAGGCCUAACACUAAAAUCUUUCUUGAACUUUAAAUUUUAGUUUUAAAAUUUUUUUGUUUCAAAGGUGUAUCAAUUAAAAUAAAACACAUAAAUUAUGGAUUACCGGUAAUUAUUUUUUUGUUCAAUUAAUAUGAUCAGGUAGGAAUGGGGUGUGGUUAAUAUUGAAAUUCGAAUUUGUCAUAACCAAUACUUUUAAAACUAAAAUAGCUUAAUUAUUCAAUUAAUGAAGCUAUUGUAACACAAUUUUCCACAAUAACGGAUAGUGUCCCACUGAAAUUAAAGACAUUCAUUAAUUAAUUGUUACUUCCCGUUUAAAUAAUUGAACAGGCCAGGAUUGAGGAAGGCAUAAAAAAUGACAGUGGCUACACAACCUCAUUAGAAAAAAAAUGAUGAAAUGCAUCAGACAUGCAACACACCUCAUCUUAAAACUAAUAAAUCUGGAGUGAUAAUAUUUUCCAAAGUAACAGAUAGUGUCCCACUGAAAUUAAAGACAUCUUAUUAAUUAUCAUUAAAAUAAUUGACCUCAAAAUUAAAACAAAAUUGACGCAAAAUCUACUGCGGCAGGCAUAUAUAUAUAAUAUAAAUACAUCAUUUUUAAACUAAUAAAAAGCUUUUCAAUUAAAAAAAUUCACAGUUACAGCAUGUGUCCUGAUGAAAUAAAAGACAUUUUUAUAAAUUAUUUUCAUUUAAAUAAUUAACCUUCACAUUUUAAGAACUAUUCUGAUGAAAGCUACUGUAGCAGACAUAUUGUUACAUUUAAAUACUUGAUUUAAUAACUAAUAAAGUUAUGAUACUAAAACUGUACACAGUAACAGAUCAUAUACCACUGAAAGUAAAGGCAUUUUAUUAAUUAUUAUUUCCCAUUAAAAUAAUUAACCUCCUCAUCUUAAGAACAAAUAUUGGCAUAUUAAAAUACUUCAUUUUUAAACUAAUAAAGUUUUUGUAAUAAAAUUUUAUACAUUAACAGAUAGUGUCCAGUUAAAAGUAAAGAAAUUGUAUUAUUUAUUCCACUCGCUAGGUCUUAAAUGCUUGUAAAGCUGUGUUUUGUCAUGUUUGAAGUCAACUUUGUAAUUUAUUUUACUCCCCUGUAAAGAACGACAAUUCUGGGUGACAACUAAGUAAUAACACCAGUUGCAGUGCCUUAAAGGUACUGUGGUAAAGCAAGAGAGACAGCUUCAAAAUUUGUAUGGUACAUGGUUGUCAGCACAGAAAAUCAAGAGUUAUUAAUUUUUGGGUGUUGGUGCUCUAUCAUUAAUGAAAGGACCAUUUUGCCAUACAAUUGUAGGGGUAAAGAUGUCGUUAGCGGCAUGGUUCUUGACUUGAGUUGUCGCACUUUAAGCAUGGUGAUGUCACUUUGGGGAAUCCCAAAACUGGACUUAGGGUGACAGGACCAACAGAUGAACCUGAACGAUGUAUAUAACUUUCCUGUUCUGCAGUGUGCAUUUUCUUAAAUCCAUUUUUUAUUAAUUAAAACUCCAGAACAUACACAAUGUAAUUGUCUUUGAAUCUCUUUUCGGUAUGUCUUUGGGAUUCAAUCUUUGUCUUUUCUGUUCGAUUUCUACCCUUUCCCAAAUGAAUUAGUCUUUAAUAAUAUGAUUAAGCUGAAAUCGUCAAUAUUUGACUCCUGUCCCCUUCACAGCUAGAGCUAAUACUGUGAUAACUAGCAUGUGGAAUAUGACUAAAAUCCUUGCUUUCAUUUUAAUUUAUGUUGGAUAAUCCCAAUAAAGAAAGUCUGUGUUGAUUUUGCAACACUCCAGAGGGGGAUCCACUCCAGCAUGAAACAUUAAGUUGGUUAAAAAAUGCACUGAUAAAAGCAUGUUAACACGCAGAUAAAAACAUAAACAGGAAGCAAACUCACCUAUAUGUGAUUUUGACGAUUUUUAACUAGCGACAGAUGACACCACAGAAAGGUAUUUAAGGGCUCUUGGUCUAUGGUUAUGACAGUUAAGGGUUAAUUACUAUGUGCAAAGCUAAAAGCUCAUAAUAUGUAGUCCCAAAACUGUAUUAUUUUUAGGACUCUUGCCUUAAAAUUCAUAGCUUAGGCUAGAAAGUUGAUUCUGGCAUAAUUUUUUUAUUUGAAAAUAGCUCUUUACUUAAGUUCCUAGUAUAAGUUUUUGAGUUACAUAUUUCAUAAUUUUUAGUAAGUCUGUUUUUUUAAGGCCUUACACCAAAUUUUGCCCCUAGCCUAAAUAUUUAUCUUAAUUAGCCGCGUUUGGGCCCUACUGAAGACAUAAGAAUGGGUCAUUUCGGGCCCCUAAGAAUUAAUUAAAAUAAAUCAUUUCUACACUGAUUAAAUAUAGACUAAUACCCCAACAUAUUUACUUUGGAAAAAAGGUUAACAAACUAAUUUCCGAUUUGUGAGAACAAAGUCAAAAGAUAUUGAAAAUAUUGGCCAGAUGUACCAAAACUUAAGGUGGUCCAUGGGUCAAAAAAAAAAUCUUUGUUUCUUAAUUUAAAUUUUUUUUUUUUGUUUAAUGACUUUUAUUGCAAAAAAAGUGUAAUUUUGUACCAAAUUUUACUGUUAUGCAAAAGUUAUUGAAGAUAAGAGGUUUUACAAUAUGGCAAUGAAAUUUUUGCACACUGAUAAAUAAUAACAUUGUUAAAGCAAUAAUACAGGCUCACUGCAUUAUAAUGAUAGGAAAAUCUGUAAAUGACAUGUAUGCGGGGUCACUUAAAAAUUUGGCAAAAUUUUAGGGGUAACCUAAGUAAAAAAAAUCAUUUAAAAAAAUCUAUUGAAUUGAUAUAAAUAAGUAUGUAUGUACAAGUAGAGAAUAUCAAUGGAAAAAAGCAUGCAAAGUUUGAAGUCUGUUGAUAUAAUACUUUUCCUUCUGAUGUAUUUGACAUUCCUCAAAAAUGUUAAAAACGCAAAGUGGAGAACAAUAAAAAAAAGAUUUAAAAUGUUGUUUUAAAAAGUUACAUGCUUUAAGAACAAUAUAGAAUGCAUAAUCCAUGAACAUAUACCAAUCAUGAAUGAAAAAACAAUUUAAAAACACAGAUAUAAAAGAAUUUUUUUUAAUAAAGUCGUGUUUUCAAAAUAUCAACCCCGUCCCAAAUAAAAAUAUUAUAAUAAACAAAAAAUAAUUUAAAAAUCCCUUCUGGACAGAGCUUAUAGAAGGAGAUGUUAUUAUGUAGAUAAUAUCAAUGGUAAAAAGCAUGGAAAGUUUGAAGCCUGUAGCUAUAAUACUUUGCCUCAUGAUGCAUUCGGCAUUCCUGAAAAUCUGAAAAAACGCAAAGUUGAGAAAAACAAAAUAUUUAAAAAAAAAAUUAAAGACUACUUAUUGAACAAUAUUGGAUGCAUAUACCAUGUACAUAUACUAUUCAUAAAUGAAAAAAAAAAUAAAAACACAGAUAUAAAAGAUAGAAAGUAAAUAGUCAUGCUUUUAAAAGCAACCCCUUGUCCUAAAUAACAUGAUAAUAUAAAAAAUUCUGGAAAAAUCUCUCAUAUGAGGUAAUAAGAUAUAGCAGUUGCCCUCCUGAGUGAGCCAACUCCCAGAAAAGGACACAUCAAUGUCUACUACCUCUGUAACUUAUCCUUGUAGGUUGGUAGUGAUUGAUGCAGGGUGGUAGUGGAGGAUUCUGGUUGAUCGUCUUUUGAUGAAUGUUUGGUACAUCGAUUAUUUGGAAAAACUUCUCCAUACCAGCAUGCCCCAAUCCAGUCACUAAUGAUGCUGCCACAGCUCUUUUGUUGACAUAAAAUUUUUCGCCAUUGCAUACAACUGACGUGUAAGGUGAUGAGAUGACAAAGUCACAUACAUUAUGUACGACUUCAAAAAUAACGCUAGUCCAUAAAGUUUAUUUUCAUCACUGUGAACCGUAAAGUGUCCCUACUUGCAUACUAGGCAUGAAAACGUUUGAAAAAUGGGCUGGAGGGCAUCUAUCUGCAUGAUAGAUGAGGCAGAGAAGCCCAAGGUAUGAUUGAUAUUCAAAAGCAUGAAGUUUGUUCUUCGAAGCAGACGAUGCCAUAGAUUCUUCAGAUAUUGAAGCUGGCAGUGAGGCUGGUGCCUAUGUUUGCGGUGAGGCUGGUGCUGAGGCUGGCGGUGAAGUUGGCACUAUAGCUGGCUUUCUAUAGUUGCUUGGACUUGGAUCUCUAUCUCUUGGUCUUGGGGGCAGUGAUUUUCUGUAUUAUGAACAAACAAAAAAUGUGUUCGUUAGCUUUUGAAACAUAAAAUUAUAAUAGUACGGUAUUAGUCUUAGCAAUUAGCUCCUAGUUAUCCUGGCAAAGGUAAAUAGAAUCAGUAUUAUAUAUUUUUUUAAUCUAAGGAAAUGGUAAGGUUUCUACUAUUACAUUAUUAUUAUUUGCUUUAUUUUUUUAAAAUACAAAUUAGGAAAUCCUAGACUCUAGGCCUAUUCAAAUUUUGCAUUCAUUUACAUUUAUCAUUAUUACUAAUAUCACCAUCUCAUAAAUGUUGUCAUUGACACCAAAAUACAAAUUGAAAAUAUCACACCAAAUUAGACACGUGCAAGGACACAAACGUAAAGAAAAAUAGUAAUGAAUUUAUUGUAAUAUUUUUUAAUAAAAAUUUUGUAUAUUUAGGCAUAAAGUAGUUUUCAAUUUGAUUCAUAAGCCAGCGCUCAUUACAUUUUUACAUGUGUGCGUAUAUCACUGUUUCGUAAAAUAAUACUAGUACUAGUAAGUAGGCCUAGUGUUAACGACACUGUAUUAUUAUAUUAAACCUAGCUCAACCUUCGCUCGUACACCUAAAACUAGCUAAAACUAUUUAUUAUAAAUUAAAUUAUACAACAAUUAAUUCAACUUACCUUUUCAAAGCAAGAAAAAAGUUCAAAUUUGAAUUUAUUUGAAGACUGGAAAAGUAAAGUCGAUCGAUCAAUUAAAGGUUACGCUAACUGGUCACAAUGAUUUUGGCAGACGGUCAUUGCAUUGUGGGAUAGAUUUCUGACUUGUUGACCAAAUCUAAAAUUAGCCGAUUAAUUGUGGAUAAAUUGGAUAAAAUUAACAUUUAAAUCUCGACCAAUAAGAAAAUUUGUUUGAGUUAAAGCAUAGAGGGUUUGCCGAACAAAGAGCUCCCGCCAGCCUUAUUUCUGAGCAUUUUAGUGGGCGAUACCAUAACCGAGUAGAGAGGCUUAGCUUUCCAUCGAUACCAGAUAUAACUAUAUUGCAUUGUAAUUAUAUUAUAAAAGCGAAGGCUGCACCAGGGGGUCUAUGGGGCCUGAAUUUUGCUCCCGAAGUCAAAAUUUGCUCUUACCAUACUACUUUAAAAAUACAUUUUUAACAACUUUAAAUUAUUUUUUUAUGAAAAUGGUAAGAACCAAAUGUUCCUUAGAUGUUUAUCUAGUAAAAUUCACCAUAAUCACAUUUUAGAUAAAAAUUAUAUAAAUAUCGAUAUUUUCUAUCGAGAACAUGGGAAAUUAAACACAAAAUAAUGCAAUAAUUGUAACAUGCAUUCAAGAAUUAAACACUAGAUUUCUCCUGGGCGACCAAAAUUUCAGAGUCAGAAAGGUCUUAUAAUGUUUUCUAAACCAAUAUAAAUAGGCAAUUAACAGCUUUUAUAACUUACAAAAUCAAAACUAUUACUUUAUUAUUUUUUCUUGGAAUCUUGGUGCACAGAGUUUCACACAUUCUUUUCCAUUUAUCCAUUUUAUUAACUAGUCUUUCCAACUUUUCCAUGUAUAAUGUGGUCUUCCUCUCUCUAUGAAAUGUAUAUUUCUUGGCAGAGACUGUCUAGUAAUAUUAGAUUUUGGAUGGAUCCUUUGCUCUUGAUCUUUCCGAUAUAAUCUUACUUGGGAUACUUUCAAAUCACCUUUUUUUAGCAUCUUGUACAAACAUCUUGAUAAAACCUUAAAUCUCUUAGUAAUUUGUUUGGUUGCUUAUGGUUCACACCCUCAGACAGGUACAGACUUUGCUUUUGUUAUGUGAAUUUUUUCAGCAUGUAUUAUUUCCAGAAUUGAUAUUGGUUGAUGUAUAUUUAUAUUAUCUUACAAUUAAAGAUGUUUGAGACCACAAUCACUCUUGCAUCAUUAUUUUUUCUAUUAUAAUCCCUAUCAUUAAUGCAUAUGUGUUACGAUUUAGUGUUUUUUUUCCUCGUGUUAUAGAAAUGUUUUUAUAUUUUCCACAGGGAAGAAUUGAGCAGAAUCAAGAAAAGGCCAAAAAGGGAACAAAGUUAGAAAAAGAACAAGAAGUAUGUUGCCUGAAUUUUUGAGUUAUCAUCUGACUGAUAAUUGUAGUUGUACAAAUUAUUCAAGAAAAAAAUAUUUGAAAGUCAUUAAAAAAAUUUUGUAUAUACAGAAAUUAUUAAUUUAUUUUUCAUAUCUUUUUAAUCUACUAGGUCUCUUUGAAUCAAUAUGAGCAAGUGUCGCAUGACUUGGAAUUUGCAAGAGAGCUUCACAAGCAAUUUGUUCAAAUUUACACUGAGGUAAUUUUUUUUAUUCUUAACCUUACAGUAUUCAAAUUAUUAAUUUUAAAAAUAUUUUUUUAUAAAGUUUUAUAUUUGUUUGUAAUGGUCACCUCGUAAAUGUGUUUUUUUUAAUAUUCUUAAAUAGCAUGAGAAAAUGUCCAAAAAGCAGGCUAAGAGAGAAAAAGUUGAACGUCAAACCAUUGAGAUCAAAAGGAUUAGUGAAAUUCUUCAACUUCAGUCCUUGCUUGACUUGUUAGGUGGGGAUAAAGUGAGAGAGGACUUCAAAACAGGCAAGCAUGGUGCUGUGGUAAGUUUUUUAAAAUAGAGAAAUGUAGUAUUGCUGACUUGUUUACUCUAGUUAGUAGCAUUUGAAAUAUAUUUUUAGAAGUCACUAGCAGCUUGUUACCUCUUAUUUAAGUAUAUGGCUCGUUGAAAAACAGUACACAACAAAAGACGAUACCAUAAAUUAUAUACGAUAAUAAAGAAAACAAUACCCAAACUAUGGCUAAUUACAAUUAAUUUUAUUAAGUUAAUUAAAAAUGACAAAAUCAAAAGAAUAAAAACUAAAGCUAUAUACUUAAAGUUUAAUGAUGACUUGUAGCGGUACAAUGUUGAAAAAGAUACAAUGUUGUAAAAGGUACAAUGUUGAAAAAGUAACGUACACGCCCGGCAAAAUGUUAGUAAACAAACCUCUGUCUCGUAUAGCAAAUCUCUAUCGUAAUCAUAACAAAUAUCUCUGCUCUCUCAAUCCCUCUAGAGGUUUAUAUAUAGCCUGUUUCAGAGACAUUUCUUGAACGGGCUUACAUAUUGUAUUCCUUUCUUGGUUAGUCUCGAUUUUUCUACAUAAUUCUAAUUAUACAGACUAUGGACUUUAUUUGCAAACAAGGUCAAGGGAGACUAUUUUUAAUUAGCCACACCCAACGCUGUGCCGUACUUAGGGUCAGCUAAAGUUCAUUCACAAGAAAAGAUGAAUGAAAGUAAACGAGACCCCUAUAACACAACUGUAUAAUUUUAAUACCCCAGUUUUGUUCUAGCACUUCCCUUCUCCCAAAUACAGCUUGCUGUUGUUACUAUAAUUAUGUAAAAAAAAAAAAAAAGAAAAUGGGACUCCUAGACUUAAUGCAGGGGUGGGCAACCCAUGGCCUGCCAUAUUAAAUAUUGUGGGCCACCAUAUGUAACACUUCUUAGAAAAAUUACAAAAGGUUAAAAAAUCAACUGCUAGGCUAGUUCUAAAGGCAAAAAAUGUGAUUACUUCACACCAAUAAUUCAUUCAUUUCAUCGGCUCCCUGUACAAACAUGGAUUGACUACAAACUCUCUAUUCUCUGCCAUAAUUUAUUCUUGAAUUCCUUCCCUUCCUAUCUAACCGAACUUCUCUCUGUCUAUUCACCCCCUUUCACCCCCUUUGACAGCUUCGCUCCUCCACAGACGCGCAUAUUCUUUCUGUCCCCAACACACGCAAAAAAACAAUCGGUGAACGAAUUUUCUCUCUGUGCCCCAAACACUGGAAUUCUCUUCCACUACACCCCCGGAAUAUACCGAUCAUCACUGCCUUCAAAACUGCCCUCAAAACACAUCUCUUUAAACUCUGGUAUCUUGAUUCCCCCCUCUGACCGAUAAACGAUGCUGCUGGGUGCUGUCCAUGGCUUAACAUGUAAAUAUUUCUGGAAUGGGUGGAGUGAAUGUACAUUUGUUUUGUUUUAUUUAAUUAAUUUAUUUUAAUUUUUAAGUUCAUGAUUAUGUUUGUUAAUUUGUAUGUACAAUAAAGUACAACGUGACUGCGAGGUGAGGCCAGCCUAAAAGCUGGGGUACCGCGCUAUAUAAAACCACUAUUAAUAAUAAUCACACAUAAACUUAUUUUUGCAUUCAAUUAAGGAUUAUUUUCAUUUUUUGGCAUAAACGCAAAUUUGAAAUAUAUGUACAUAAUUUUUAUGUGCUGCUAUGUGCCAUUUCGGUGUUCAAACCGCCUCGUUUUUGGACGGAUUAAAAAAUUAAAGUGAAAUCAGUAAUAAAUUAUAAAACAUUUUUACUAUUGACGACUAAAAAUAAAAAAAAAUUUGUAGCAUGAUGCAAAACUAUGCUUAGGUAUAGGCAUUAAUGCCUCCCUGCAUUUUAAAGUUAUAAAAGAAAAUUCUGGAAAGGGGGCUCAGCCUCCUCCCCAAACCCCACCCCCCACUUUUGCUCGGGUAACUGAUGGGCAUCCUCAAUUUCAGCUCCCUCACCCCAUUUUCGUCUAUCAAAGUGGCAAAUGACUGGCACCUUUUUAUUUGCAAUAAUGCACUGUAUAUAAAUAAAAUAAAUUUCAGUCAUCUACUUGGAGAAGUGAAAUUUAUUAGACAUGAGAUGCAAAUAGUUGUUAAAAUUUUUUACUAAUACAAUACAGUAUUGUAUGAUUUUGAGAUGGUAAAUACUUUUCUAAGACUAUAAAUAUUACUAUUUUGGGAGUUUCAGUGUAAUCAGUUCUGGUAUUGCAAGUAAGUACAUCAAUUAUCUGUACUGUAAUAUUUUAUACUUUUUUAAGGCUGUUUCUUUUUUGUGUGUUGCUCGUAAAAAUAAAUAUGUUCAUCAUUUUAUGACUUCAGGUUUUAACUGAAGAUAACCUGAACCAGCUUGAUGAGCUUUACCAAGCUAUUUCUCCAUCUCGUGAUGACAGUGGGGAUGAAUACCCUCAGAAGCUUACAACUGCUGCUGAACAUCUGGUGAACAUUUUGGAAGGCAAAGACAGACAAGUGGUUGGUACCACAUACAAGGAGAUAAAAGAGUUGAUCACAUUGAUUAACGGGUGUGGCUAUUUUGAGAGGGCGAAAAAACCUGUAACAGAUGAAGGUUUGCACAAUUCAUUUCCUUUUUUUAAGUCCACGUAUGUAUUUUAUUAUUAAAAAAUAGACUUCUAAGCUAUCACUAUAUAUUAAUUUCAAAUUUUCUAUUAAAAAAUGUUUACCCCGUCUUACUAGCUGAUGAUCAGUAAUGUGCCCGAGCAAAUCCUCUUAACACUUAAAUGUUCUUGGUUUUCUGCCAAUUUUUUCUCUCUCAUUAGGUACCUUUACAAUCUGGCUGGUUGUUCAGUGAAUAACAUAGCAGUAAUAGCACGUUAUAUAAUCAUUGGAUUCAGAAUUGAAUGAUCUAUUAUUUGAUACCAAUUAUGAGAUCACAGUUAAUUGUUUUUUUAUUUAUGACCAAAAGUUUACAUUUUUAGGUGUGCUAAAUAAGUGUUAAGUCCUAAGUUAAAAUGUUUAUUAUAAUCAUCAAUGACAUCCAUUUGUACAACACAUACAAAUUUCAAGCAAUUUUGCCACUUUUAAUAAUACUUCUUUUUUUUUUUUUUUAAAUAGCGCAUUUUUAAAAACUAUUAUUUUUAAUUAAAAAAAGUUUAAGUAAACCAGAUAAGUACUUCAUGAGAGAAAUACGAUUAUUAAAAAUUAUACCACAUUGGGUACAAAUAACAUAACGGUAUGAAAUAUUACCUCUACUGUUUUCCAGAAACUCACUUAUAUAACAAUGGCAGGACAAAAUGUUCUCUCUAUUUUAUAAACCUAAUAAAGAUGUUCACAUUAUAUUAUAUCUUUACUGUAAGUAACCAUUUCAUUUUUAACCUGACAUUGCUAUGUUAUAAGCAUACAUAGUGCUGCGGAAAAAACAAGCAUUGUCAAAAAAAGUUUGUCACUGCCUGAUUAAUUCUACUGAGGAACUAAAAAGAAUAAAGCUAUAAGAUCUUUUUCAUUAUUCAAGAAAAGCAUUUUGUUUUCUUCAGAUUAAAAUAAAUAUGCCUAUAAGCCUAACACUUGAAAAUAUAAUUGAAAUGAAAGAAUAAGUCUCUUACCAGUAUUGGCCGCUGUUGUUGUUUUCUUCUACUAAUCAUAUUGUUGUCCACAUUAUUUGUAUAUUUUUUCCAAAGCAGAUAUCUUUUAUCCACUAAGUUUAUCACAGUCCAACCAACCAGACACAUUAGUCAAAUUUAGCUUAGCUUACUAUAACAGAACUAUUUAUAUUGUUUAGAUAUUGAAUCUGCCAGAGCCAAUAGUUCAUUUACCAUAGUAUUAUUCAUACCGAUUUUAUGUUGUCUGUUUUCAUUUAUCCUUCCUAAUCCGUGAUAACCAAGACAUGACGGCCAGGCUUCCUGAUCAGCUCCUACCCUAGCAUUAAAGUCUCCCAGAAUGUACAAUGCUUUGGUUUUGGGAACACGUGAUAAUUCUUUGUCCAGGGUCUCAUAGAACAAAUCUCUCUCUUCUGGAGUCGAAUGAAGAGUUGGAGCAUACACACUGAAUACGUUGACCUCGCCUGCAGAUGAUGACAUCCGCUGUCGCAGAAUCCUCUCCGAUCCCAAUGAAGGAGGUUCAAUGCAGGCCAAUAAUGUGUUUUUUUACGGCAAAUCCAACACCAUGCCAUCUAGCUGGCUUCCUUUAUGCUACCACUAUCCGCUGGGGUCUCUUGACGGCCUGCAAUAUCAAUGUUUAAUCUGGCAUUUGACUUGGUAAGUUGGAGAGGCCCUUUCAGUAUCUUGUAAAGAAUAGGUUGUCCCCCACGACUGCUAACAAUAAUACAGACAUUUCACAAAAACAUGCACAGCACAGUAACUUUCAAUGGCACUGUCUCUGAGUCAUUCCCAGUUAGCGGCGGAGUAAAAAAGGGUUGUGUACUGGCACCAAAGGUCUUUUCAAUUUUCUUUUCGAUGCUCCUUCAAUUUGCCUUCAGGGACUGUGAAGAUGGAGUGUUUCUCCAUACCAGAUCUGAUGGUAGGCUGUUCAAUAUCGCCCGCCUUCCUGCAAAGACCAUAGUAAAAGAAGUGCUGAUUCGUGAACUGCUAUUCGCUUAUGAUGCUGCCUUAACAUCUCACACAGAAGAAGGUCUGCAGGGGCUGGUUAAUCGCCUAUCACAUGCUUGUAAAGAGUUUGGACUUUCGAUUAGUCUACAGAAAACACAUGUAAUGAUGCAAGAAGCUGUAUGGAGAUUUGGCAGAAGGGACAAGACAUUGGUCGGCCACGCCUGAGAUUUAUUGACGUUAGCAAAAGAAGCAUGAGGGAAGCCAAUAUUGAAAAAAAACGAAUGGGAGUCCAAUGCCGAACAUCGCUCCAACUGGCGAACAGCAGUGUUUGAAGGAGCAAAAAAGGCAGAAAAUAGUCAAAAAAAGGCCCUUGAAGCAAAAAGAUCAAUUCGAAAAUAAAGAUCUCACUGGGAAUCAAUAUUCUCCUGCGAGAGAUGUGGCCGUGUGUAGAACUAUAUAGCAACUCCAUCAUCUCACUAAGAGGGAAGGAUGCCAUGUAUAUAUAUAUAUAUAUAUAUUUAUUCACACCGAUUUUAUGUUACAUUUAUGAAAUAAGUAUGUAUUCUCUCCUGCUUCUUUUGAUUACUUAUUUAUUUAGCUUGACCCAGUAACAUAUUUGCAUGCACUCACUUUUCAUGAGGUACAGAGGAAAUAAACUGUACCUGCUUAUCAGUAGUUUACUCAUAGUUUUUUUCUCAUAGAAGCUUACUAUGUAGUUUUAGGUAAUGUAUGUUGGCCUAAAACAAUUUAUAACUUCCAUUAUCCAGUGAAUAAACUCCUUUAUAUCCAGUAACAGAUCACACAAAUAGAGGUUGUAGGUUCUGAGUCCAAUGAAUGUUAGAAAAUAUUGUUUAUCAGCUGGAAUAUCCAGUAUUAAAAUCGAGUUGGCUUAGUUGCCAUAACAUUGCAGCUGCAAUUAGUGUUUACAUUUACAAAGCACCUCCAGCCUUGUGGAUGUAAACUGAAUUUGAAAAGUGAUAAAGAUGAAUCUUAUCUUGUUUUCAACAGGUUUCAGUAGUUAGCUCAGGUCAUAUAACAGGAAUAGCAUUGUCAUGAUGUUGGGUUGUCUAAUAUCCUAGUCACCACUCUGAUACUCUGAAAUUAUAAUCAAAAAUAAGCAUUACAUACAGGCUUAGGUCUUAUGAUUUUUAAAAAUCGGAACAAAACUAAAAACAUUAUUCAAUUAAAAAUAAUAAAAAUUCAAAAUUAAGAGCUGUUUUUAAUCCAGACUAAAAUAUAGAUCUAAAAGUCAUCGCCUCAUCUAAGCGUAUCCAAUGUAAACAAAGGAAAUUUCAAACAACUAUGCCUAUGGGGAAAAAAAAUAUAAUAAAAUAUGCAUUUGAUAUACAGGAAUAAUAAAUGACUAUAAAUAAGCUUAAAUAGUUAAUUUCAAUAAUUAUGAUGUCCACUGUUACAGUAUAUCAAUGUAAACAUAGUUUUUUACACUAAUUUUCCAUAAAAGUUGAGAGCGUUUUGACCGGAUGUGACAAAAAAAAUAAUUUUACUGUUGAUAGUAUACUUUUGAUCUGGUGAAAAUAUACAAAAUCAUCAGCAGUCAUGUCUUCUUCUGAAUUUUAACGGACUAGUAUCACAUUUUGACUUAAAAAUAUAAUCACAAACAACGUUAGAAGAUAAAUUCGGAGCCUAUUUGUCACAGUGAUUGGUACCACCCUUCGCCGAACUUUUACAGGAUUGGCAAGAUGGCGGGCGAAAAUAGCGCCAUCAACAAAAAAAAGAAGCAUGAUGCUGGGGCUAAUUUUUUAAAAUUAAAAAUCUAAAUUUACGCUUAAAACUGAAAUUUGUAAAAAUUUAUCCAAAAAAUUAUAUUUGCCCGUUAAAAAUAACUUUGGUAUAUGAAAAUGUGAUUAAAAAAUCAAUUAAUAAUCCAUCGACCAGCCGUGCGCGAAUAGUCAAGACAACGUACCUUGAGAGUUAAGAAUUUUUGGAUUGAAACGGAAUCUCUAACUUUAUGUCAUUUUGAAAAAUGUAUACUUAUAUGAGGCUCUGAAUUCAUUUUUUAAAUUUUUAAUGUAAUUAUCAAAAUGUCUAAAGGCAGCUUUGAUGGCACAGAGGAAAUCCCCUUUUUUUGGAAUUUUUGGAUUGCAAUAGGAAUCUUUUGUAACUUUGUUCUAUGGUAUGACAUUUUUUAAAGAUUUGAGACACUCUUAAUAAAAUACCUCAUUUUGACAUAUUUUUAGUUGUGGCUGAGCCUAAUGAGGAGAAUGAAGAAUUUCAAGACACUAUUGAGGAACCUUCCCUUGAUGAUGAUUUACCAUCCAAUAAUGGACAUGACCUUGUUACUGAACAAUCACAACAGCAGCCCAUUGAUUUGACCAUUGGAAAUAGUGAUGGCACUCAGCCACAAAGGGAUUUACCCGCACAGGUAUUUUUCUUUGGUGAUGUAGAAGUGUAGAUUCUUUAAGACAGCAUAAUGUUUAUUUCUAAUAAUGAUAACAUAGCCAGAAUUUUUCUUUAAAGCUUUACUAAUAUAUUUUUAUCUUUGCUGCUUUUUAAGUAUGAAUUUAAAAACAGUCAUUAAUUCCUAUGGCUGUUUUUCGCGAUAUUCGCAAGAUGAUUGUCAGUCGCCUUGUACCAUGGCGCUAAUAGUCGAGAGUUUACUUUAAAAAAAAUUCAAGAUAGUCAAUUCUACAAAAGGAAUACUAGAGCCAUUUAGAAAUUAUGCUUGCUAUCUCAUACAUUAUCCUAUGGAUUUUCCUCCUAAUUAUAGAUGUUAUCCAUUUAUAAGAAAUUUUAACAUUUCCUUAUCAUUAUUUAAUUUUUUAAAAUGUGUAAAAUUAAUGCUUUUCUGCAGUUGUUAUAUGUAAUAUAGUGUAAUUUUUGAGACUAAUAUGUUAACUCAUAAACUAGGUGGGACAAGCAUAACUUCGUUGCAUAUUUAAUAUUUUGUAAACUAAUCCUUCCUCCAAAAAUUUUAUAGAAAAUUAAGAAGACCUAAUGGUUUUAAACACUGUUCACAAGAUUUUAAUCCCCUUAUUCAACUGGGAGGGUUUUAUUCAUGGCAGAAAUUGUUGGCCUAGCCGUGACUGACACUAAUUAAAUAAUUUUUUGAACUGUAUAUAAGAAUCUGGCUUUUUUAUUAAGUCAGCUAGCUUAUGCCCAAAUAAACUUUGAAAUCUAUGUUUCUCAUUUCAGCCCUUAAACACACUUGAACAAGAUGCAUUCUUUGCCCCAAGCAGCACAUCGUAUCAGGCUAACACAGAAUCCCAAUUUUCUCAGCCAAGCCAUACUGCUGUUCCAAGGGUCCCAGACUAUCAGUCUUUCACAAAUAAUCGACCGUUCCAGUUCAUUCAGGCAUCAUACGUUAUGCCAGAUUCAUCAGGUAUCAUUUUCUCUUUAAUGGCACUGUCUCUCUGCCAUUUAUUAGUUUAAUACUUAUUUUAUAAUUCUUAUUUGAUAUCUAACAGAAAUGUAACUUUUCCAAUUUUUAGUGGACCUCUGCCUUAAUUUAGUCAACUAAUUCAUAUAUUAAAGUACACCACAUUUGAUUAAAUGAUUUUUCCCUAAAUAGAUGCACACAAUUUAAAAAAUUAAAAGAAACUCACCCACUUUUGCAAUCCUGAAAUAUUUUUAAGAGCUUGUUUAUUUUUACAAUAUUGAAAUAUAAAUCUCCCCAGAAAUUUUUUUGGGUUUCAAUAAAUUUCAUGCCCUAUUUGUCCGCCGAUUCAUAAGGCACUUCAAACCUGCUUGGAGGUGGUUGUAGUCAUGGUAGACGUUUACAGACCUGCGAACCCUUCCGGUUUAAUCGGAAUUAUACAGAUUUUUUACCCCUCAUUCCAACCUUCUGACAAACCCCUUAAAAUUCUGAUUUUCAGAGCAUUUUAAUUUUCACCCGUCAUAAAAUCCGAAAGCGAUACAAAAUAAAAAAUCAUUUUGAUAAUGCCACUUCUUUUGUUGUUACGAAGUGUCUAUAUAUGUCUGGCGACCGGACGAAUAAGUUCAUGAGGUAAUAUGGGAUCCUUCCGUCUUUGUGAGACGAUGGAGUAGCUAUAUAGUUCUACAUUUUGACGAGUGGCUCACUAGGCCAAUCCUAGAAUGGCAAUCACGGCCGCAUCUCUCGCAGGAGAAUGUUGAAUCCCGGUAAAUUCUUGAUUUUCGAAUUGUUCUUUUUGCUUCAAGGGCCUCGUUUCGAGUAACUUCUGCAUUUUUCACUCCUUCAAACACUGCUGUACGCCAGUUGGAGCGAUGUUGGCCAAUGAACUCCUAUUCGUUUGUUUCAAUAUUGGCUUCCCUCAUGCUUCGUUUGCAAACGUCAAUAAAUCUCAGGCUUGGCCGACCAAUGUCUUGUCCCUUCUGCCAAAUCUGCAUACAGCAGAAUCUUUGGGAUACGUCCUUCCUCCAUUCUCCGUAAAGACCUAACCAGCGAAGGCGUCUCUUGAUAAGAAAUGAGAAUAUGCUAAACAUGUGUGCACGUUCCAAAACCUCCAUGUUAGGCACCCUGUCUGCCAACGAAUGCGUAAAAUGCGACGCAGACAUCUUUGAUGGAAGCUGUUGAGUUUCUGCUCCUGACUGGUAUAUGUGGUCCACACUUGCUACCAUAUAGUAGCGUGCUAAGCACACAUGCCUGAUAGACAUUUUAUUUUGUUUUAUCAGUUAGAUUAAGAUUAUUCCACACCAGAUUAUUCAGUUCAGCCAUAGUUGCUGCUGCUUUUGCAAUCCUGAUAUUUAUCUCUUCAUCAACGGAGAGAGAACUAGAAAUUUUGUAUCCCAGGUAUAUGAAAUGAUCAACAGCCGAAAGAUUAUGACCCUCAAUAGAUAUGAUUGGAGGGGACGGUGCUUCUUGCAUCAUUACAUGAGUUUUCUGUAGACUAAUCGAAAGACCAAACUCUUUACAAGCAUGUGAUAGGCGAUUAACCAGUCCCUGCAGACCUUCUUCUGUGUGAGAUGUUAAGGCAGCAUCGUCAGCGAAUAGCAGUUCACGAAUCAGCACCUUUUUUACUUUGGUCUUUGCACGAAGGCGGGCGAUAUUGAACAGUCUUCCAUCAGAUCUUGUAUGGACGUACACUCCAUUUUCACAGUCACUGAAAGCAAAUUGAAGGAGCAUCGAAAAGAAAAUUGAAAAGAGCGUUGGUGCCAGUACACAACCCUGUUUUACUCCGCUGCUAACUGGAAAUGACUCAGAGACAGUGCCAUUGAAAGUUACUGUGCUGUGCAUGUUUUUGUGAAAUGACUGUAUUAUUGUGAGCAGUCGUGGGGGACAACCUAUUCUUUGCAAGAUACUGAAAAGACCUCUUCGACUUACCAAGUCAAAUGCCUUGGUCAGGUCUAUGAAGGCAAUAUAAAGAGGCAUAUGCUGUUCGCGUCAUUUCUCCUGCAUUUGGCGUAGCGAAAAUAUCAUGCCUAUUGUUGAGCGACCACUCCUGAAGCCACACUGGGACUCUGGGUAGAUGUGGUUCGCAAGGCUCUGCAAUCGUUUAAGGGCAACACGAGCAAAAGUGCUUCCAACUAAGCUAAGGAGAGAAAUACAUCCGUAGUUAUUGCAAUCACUUCGGUCCCCUUUAUUUUUAUACAAUGUUACGAUGUUGGCGUCUCUCAUGUCUUGGGGAAUGUGACCAGUUUCCCAACACAGACAGAGGAGCUCAUGUAAGGGCUGAAGUAGGAUAGGUUUUCCAUUUUUGAGGAUUUCCGCUGGGAUGCCGUUGAUCUCUGGAGCCUUCCCAUCCGCAAGGUAAUCGAUGGCUUUUUCGAGCUCCUGUAAAGUUGGCUCUUCAUCCAGUUCAUUUUUUACUGACAAGGCAGGAAUAUUAUGGAGAGCGGGCUCAGUAACUACAUUCAUUGUAGAGUAUAGCUCAAGAUAAUGCUCUACCCAACGCCGGAGUUGAUCAUUUGGAUUCUUGACAUGGCUGAAUCGUACACAGCAUCUCGUAAAUGACUCCACUUAGAGUCAAUAGUUCCAUCGUGUGAUCCUUUAGCAAGGGUGUCCUGCAACACUUUUGAGAAUGGCUGCGUUUUUUCUGGGAUGUUUAUUCGUGGACGACACGUCUUUUAAGCAUUAUGCAAUUUUUUGGGCAUUAGUCGUAUCUUGCUUGUCACUAGAGAAUGAUCCGUGUCACAGUCGGCACUAUGGUAGCUGCGUGUCUGAAGUACACUGGCUAGCUCCAAGCGCCUAGUAAUGACGAGAGCUAGCUGGUGCCAGUGGCUGCAACGUGGGUGUCGCCAUGACACCUUUUGGAUUUGUUUACAUUUGAAGAAGGUAUUUGUAACACAGAGACCAUGGGAGCAGCACAGCUCUAGCAGACGUUGUCCGUUUUCAUUAAUCCUUCCUAAUCCGUGAUAACCAAGACAUGACGACCAGGCUUUCUGAUGUUCAUGAGGUAUUCGCGAGAUAAUUGUCCGUCGACCUUGUACCGUGACCGCUAAUAGUCGAUGAGAGUUUACUUCUUUUCAAAAUAUUCAAGAUUGUCAAUUCUACAAAAGGAAUACUAGAGCCAUUUCUGGUAUUUAUAAUGAACAAAUGGUUAAAAAGUCUUAAAUAUCAAAUAAAGUGUGACAUGAGCGCCAGAUGAAUAUCUCCCGCACUAUUUGUCUGGUCGCCGGAUGUGUAGACACAGCCUUGUUUUUAUCGAAGCCACCCGCGAUCUCCAAAAUAUUCAACUUCAAUCAUCAAUUGAUCUGAUCGUACUCAUCCUUUUACUUGGCUUAAAAAUAAUUCAGUUUUGUUGUGACUUUUUUUUUUGUUAAAGCUUUUCUUAAUUAAAUGGAUAAAUCUAUUGAAAGUGGUACAGAUUUUUUUUUCUUGGCAAGUCAGCAGGUCUGAGUUUAUCUCUCUGUAGACAAGACAACAUUUAAUGUCAUGCUAUGUGGGAAGGAAAUUAAACAAAUUAAUGUCAUGCUAUGUGGGAAGGAAAUUAAACAAAAUAUACCUAGUUUUUAAAAGUUUAGCCUGUGAUGUUGCAGUGGUUGUUGCCUCUAUUAUUUAUUAUCUGCUUAUAUUUUUUCCAUACAAGUGCUAGUUCUGUUUUCAUAGAAAAUUUGGCGAGUUUAUUAAGCUAUUUAAAUAAAUUGAAAUGGUUCUAUGGCCCUGAAGCAUAAUUACUUCUUCCAUCAGUUUCGGUAGUGGUUGAUCCAGCAGUGAUAGCUGCCCAGCCAGCAGGUGCCUCAGGCCUGCAGUUCAUGUCCCAGGGAUUUGAUGCAGUUCCAGUUGUUCAGGCCCUUCCACAGCAGAAACAGCAGGAUUUGUCUCACAGCACUGUCAAUAUGCAGCAACAUCAGCAAACUGCAGCUGACUACAAUUCACCAAAUUAUGCUCAGGCUGGUUUACAGCAGGUAGGGGCGAACAGUUGUUUCUUGGAUUAUUAGUAUUCCAGACCUGUUUACUCUUACGAUUUUGGCGUACAAUGUACGAUUUUUAGAUGUCUUUUACGAUUGUACGCCGAGACCCCCCAAAACUACGAUUUUCAGAGACCCGGUGAAAAAAUAUUUGUGUAAUUUUGUCCGAUUUAAAAAAAAAAAUUAAACAUUUUCGGUUGUGGAAGCUUUAGCCCUUAUGGCCCCGCAUUGAAUGGACCCAGAAAAACGAUGGGUUUUUGUAUAUUUUUUUAAUAGUUGGGACCAUCCUUCAUUAUAUUAUAUACGCACUGAAAGGGGAGGUGGCGGUUGUUGAUUAAAGAGAUUGGUGGCAUACCAGAAACACGGGUUGGGGGGGGGGGAGGAAAGGUGGGAGUUUCAAAAGAUAUAAAAAUAUCACCGCAACGCAUCCUAUUGAUGGUGGUGAUGGUCUUAGUGUUGCUUUGCGUGUCACAGUGAACCAGCUAGCUGUGUCAGCAGCAAUCUUUAGGCUAGUCGCCUGGCAACAACUUCACUCACCACCUCAUUGGACUGCUACUGCUAGCAAGCGUGUGUUCGUCUGAACCGCGGGGAUUGUGAAGAGAGAAAACUAGAGGUGUGAGAUUUAGUCAGUGGCAUUAAAAAAAAUAUUUUAGAUCUCGCAAAGCAGCUCUAUCCAGAGGCGUAGCGAGCGGGGGCAGGAGGGGACAGAUUCCCCGGGCGCCAGCUAGUUAGGGGGCAUGUUUCUUUCAGAAAUUUUCCCCAGGGGGGAGCACUUCAGAUUUUCGGGGAAGGGUUACUUCAGAUUUUUCGGGGGUUGGGGGGGGGGGGCAGUGCCAGCAGUUCCAGUUGAUUUAUUGUUGGACAUAUUUUUGCUCCUGGGGGCACUUGGCUUUCCCCGGGGGAGGGGCACUGCCCCCCCCUCCCAGAGAUAUAGCUGAAAGAAACCCUGUUUAGGGGCGCCAAAAUGUGCUUUGAUAUUAUUUUAUUGAUGAAAAUAAUGGGCUUGAGAGUUGAAAAAAAGAAAAAGGGGCAUUUUAAAAUGGAUCUUGUCCCCGGGCGCCAAACACCCUCGCUAGGCCUCUGACUCUAUCCCCCUCAACGAUUUUAAUACAAUAAAACAGUUUUGUAUCACUACUGCUACUACUGUGCCCCCCCCCCCUCAUUUUUGUUUACAGCUUGUGGUAGUUACUAGUCUCUGAUACUAUAGCAGUGGUCGGCAAGCCGCGGUUCGUCCAGACUGCGGCUCGGCCAGUCAACUACAAAGCGGUUUUUACUCCGAAAAACAUGGUCCUUGACAGGUUCUUGAAAAUAAAUUUGGCUCGCAAAAUUUGUUUAAUGUUCCUGCUGCUGAUUUGGGCUCUUUUGACCAAUGAGUAUGCUGACCACUGCUCUAUAGGAUGUGAACGUAAAAACUCAGGGGCAUAUUGGAUAGGCGAGGGCACUAUGUUUUUCCUAUUAAUGAGGGUGGGGGAAGGUGGGUUCGUCACCAGCACGGAAAUACGUGUUAGUGGACUACAGUGUGUUGUCACUAUGUCGUGUUCAAUAUGUCUACUACAGCGACCUCUUCAUGAAAACACAAAGCAUUAAUAUACGGUAUACGAUAAAUGCGAAGCAUUGUGGUGAUAUUUGUAUAGCCUUAAUAAUAAUAAUAAUAAUAAUAAUAAUAGACCUAAUUAGAAUUCGUGGAUUUCAGAUUUUCAUUUGGAUGGCCCUUUAAGUUGGCAAGGCGUGCAGCUGGGGGCGAGCUAGGAAUCAUUGUUAACUUUUUCAUUUUUAUUUGAAAUGUUAUAUAUGGGCUGUCCAAACAGCUCUGGCGCUAGAAUUUGGCUGCAUUGACCUAUGUGCACAUUGCGUGAUUUUAAUGUUACCAUUAUCAUUAAUGGAAUCGGCAAUCAUUCUUGUUUUCGGUUCCGUAGUUGACCUCACUUAGUAUUUUACGAUAUGACCUCGACAAAAAGAAAGGCUCGCGGAAUGGGCGAUGAAGAAGAAACUUCUCUUUCUACCGAUAAACAUCCGAUUCAACAACAGAAAAAGAAAGUUUAUCAGCAGAUAGUCUUGCUUGAAUAUCAGACUAAAUUGACUGGGUUGCGUUCUUUGUCGAAUGGUCCAUCAUGCGCGCACUGCACAAUUACACAAUCUGCAAGUCGGACUUUUCAUGAACAAUCUAUCAGGGACAAAAGGAGUGGUGUUGAUUUAGGAAAUGUUGGGUUUGGCGUGGGUCUAAAUACUUAAAUCUAUACAAUCAACACCGCGACAUUUCCGUAAUGACAGGUUGGGGGGGGGGGCUGUUCCUCGGCAGAAAGAACGUACGUUAUUUAAAAAAUCUACAAUAUUCAUCUCCUAACUCUGAAAGUCCAAAAAUAGCAUUCUAUUUAUAUCUCGAAUGCUGUAAAAUACCACCCGAUGUUUUGUAGGAAUUAUUGCGGUGAUGUUGUCAAGAUGUAUUUUCACCAAUAAACUCGUUAGCAGUAGUAGAGAAGUUACAGUUGUGUUUAGUCAUGAGUGUUCAGCGCGCGUGUGACGCAUAUUUCGUUGGGCUACGCCAGUGGUUCUUAUAAUUUUGUUUCCCGGCGCAUAUGUCAUAUUAGGUUUUCGCCAGGGUUUCCUGGAUGAAAUUCUUACAAGUACACUUCGAAAUAGGGAAUACACAAAUAAAAUAAAGGGUGGGAUAAAAAUAAAUAUAUCGUUUAUGGAGGUAACAAACAUGGAGGUAUCUACAGCAGAUGCAGGUCUUCAAAAUGAAGUGACCGCAGUUUGCAGUUAACGUCAGUCGAAUACUGAUUACCUUACAGUUCCAUUUUUUAACAAACCGCUGAACUGGAUGCCACUGAACACGCUAUACCAGUAGAUGCUGUAUACAUUAUAUAUUAUGUAUACUGUAUAUUUAUGUAUUUACUAUUAAGAUACUGCAUUGUACGAUUUUGAGACAAUAUUGUACGAUUUUAGGAGUUUGAGGGUAAACAGGUCUGGUAUUCUGAGGUUUUUUCCAUUGCAUGUAUUUGAUUAGAUUGAUAUAGAUAUUCUAUAUGAAAAUUUCAUAAUGAAAUUAAAUAAAAUUGAACUAUUCCCCUAAAUAGAGCUUGACUUCAUCAGAACAGAACCACAAAUUUUAACUCUCUAUCUCCAACAAUAAAAAAGUUAUUAAUUUUUUUUUAAAUCGGGAACAGGGUCAAUUUUUAGAAGCCAGGAAAGUGUAGUUUUGACACCCGCUAUCUCCUAAAAUAAAGUUAGAACUUUCAAAUCUCUUGCCCACACAACCAGUUAUACAUAUAACAAGCUCAAUUUUUUUUAGGGUUGUCACGAAAAUGUAAAUAUAUUUUUUAUUCAUCCAAAAACGAGUUGAAGCUCAAUUUUACAAAAUAUUAAAAUGGAGACAAAAAGUCAAUUUUUAGUUCAUUUUUAAAAAAUCAUAAAAAAUCAAUUAAAGUUAUUCUUAAUAUACAGGAGUCAAGUUAAAGGUAAUUUAAAGCACAACAAUGUGAAAUCAUCAGGGCAAAGGUGAAACCAACAAAAUAAUUUACAUAAAUUAUUUCAGCAAGGCAUGUACACAAAAAUUGAGAAUUUCAAACAUUUUUGAAAAUUCAUAAAAAAUUAACGAAGAAAGAUAUCUUUACGAAUGUUACACAGUAUUGUAGAACAUGUUAAUCUUUUCAAUAAUAAAGCAACAGACUUAGGUUUCGGAAACAAAAUUCUUCUCCACAUAUAUUUUAAAAAUGGGUAUUUUUGCACUGAAAAUUUAUACUUUCCAGCACCUUAAAAAUGUUCAUAAUUAGAAUUAGAUAUACCGGGUAUAUAUAUCUAUAAAAUUUAUGGAAAAUCUGUAGGAAACAUUAACUAUGAAUUAGUAAUGAAAAUCAAUUUUCUGCCUUUAUUAGCAUGUCUGUAUGGAUUUAGUCAGUUUAUAGACAUUUCCCUGCACUGCUUUAAUGAGACAUUUCUGUAAUCUGUACUUGUACACCAACAACCUGGGAGAAGAAUAUUUUAUUUAAUUUGUACCGUAUUAAUUAAAUUGUAUUUAAUUUAUAUUAUUUAAUAGUAAUAGUUAUCAACUUAGCAUUUAUGAUCAUGUCAUUGCUAUCAAUAUAAUAACAAAAUGCAAAUAUAACUAAUGAUAUUACAAGCGGUAGUACUAACCUGUACUGUUGUACAGUGUUAGCGUUGUUACAUGGCAUGUUUUGGCAGUGGUCUGGGUCUUAAGUUGUUUUCAGUUUCAUCCGCUGAAAUAUGAAAUGUUAAAAUUAAAACUCAAAAGUUUACAAGAUUUUAACUGGCUCCUAUUUGCCCUAAUUAAUAUGCAUACUGCAUACACGGUAUAUAAUUAUUAUAAUUGAUAACGUUAGUAAAGUAAAGGAGUAAUUUUUUGUGUAAGGUUAAUUUUGGAGUUCGACAUUUACGAAAGGGGGUGAAACACUAGGUAUCGGUAAAUAAUUUUUAAAACUAGCUUUAUAACUUAGAAAAAUAAGAAUAAUCAGCAUAGCAUCACUUUCUUAUGCAUCAUACCAUAUACAUUUAUUUAUAAAAUGGAUUAACUAUCGAAUUUCUAGUUUAAAAUAAACUCCACUAAAAUUAAAGCAUCCCGUUCACCCUCGCGACAAUUAUGCUUCGACCCAACAUGAAUGCUUCGUUCCAAUCGGCUGAAUUAUCCGAGUUAAAUGAUUUACUGCAGUUUCCAAACAAAUUGCAUAGCUACAAAAUAAAUACCAUUAAAUAUUUAAACAUUUCAUUGAACUAAUUAUAUUUUCCUUUUUUUUCUCCGCUAUCGUAAAAUAAAUACAGAUGAUUUUAAAAUAAAGCUUGAUCGUCAUUUUUCACUAGGCGUAAGAAACACGCAUUAGUUAUCGAUAAGCCCACACUAAAUUAACAAAUAUAUGAAAUAAAAAGCUUUCUAUAUAAUUUAAACAUUCCCAAACUAAACAAUAAUGUUUUAACUUACCUAUUUCAGUUUAAAAUCCAAGAAAAGGCACUAAAUUUAAGAAGAUCUUAGAUAAAAUUAGUCAUCGCCUACUGGUUUCACAGAUCAGAGUUCGCCGUGGCGGGAUCGACUUGCACCUUUUCUUAGCAGAAGGCGUUGACUUGGUUCCAAGCCUUUACGUGUUUACCCCAUAAAUGGGGUGUUCACAAAACUAUAACAGUUUUAUAGUAAAUAGGAUUACCUUUCUGAAUAUAUAUUUUUGAGAGCCGUAAAGUGAUUUUUUCACAUAGAAGACGCAAUUUUUAUGUUAAAAUCAACGCAAUUUAGCAUUUAUUUACAGUUUAAAGCUCCAAAAAAUACAUCAUAUUAAAGAACUACUUUUCUACUUUCUAGAUCAGUUGUUACUGAACGCACCUGUAUAAGGGAGCAUUUGCAUAGCGAGCUGGCGCGACCCAACCAAAAAAAUAAAUAAAUUUCUCCCCGAAGCGUAAAUUUCGCCGGCUCAUUUAUAAUACCUAAUUGAUAUAAUUUUGGCUAUGCUAACGAUAUGGUAAUCAUAAUGAGGGUAUUAAUUUUACUUUUUUAUCUUUUUGAACAUGUUUUUUUCUUUAAAACUUUUCUUCAGUCUGACAGCUUGUACACUGCACAAGGUGUAGAUGAAUCAAAUCAACUGUCAUCUCAUCCAGGCAUUAUUGGUCACAUAGGGGAUGAUAAUGUUGGUCCUUAUGAGAUUCCCCCAACCAUUCCCAUGCCACCAUCACAGUCACAGGUAUGAAUGGUUAAAAUCUCUCACACUCAAAAUUUUGUUGAUUUCUCUGUGUAAGGAAACAAAAAUGCCUGGAUUAAAAAUGUGAAAGGGCUUUUUUUUUUUUUUUUUUUUUUUUUUUAAAAAAAUUUUAUUUUUUUUUUAUAAAAUCUCUCACACUCAAAAUUUUGUUGAUUUCUCUGUGUAAGGAAACAAAAAUGCCUGGAUUAAAAAUGUGAAAGGGCUUUUUUUUUUUUUUUUUUUUUUUUUUUUAAAAAAUUUUAUUUUUUUUUUUUUUUUUUUUUUUUUUUUUUUUUUUUUUUUUUUUUUUUUUUUUGAAAAAAAUUUCAUUAUUGUAUUGCAUUACAUAUUUAAGAUGUGCUUGGAGACUAGCAGUUAUCAUAAAGUGUAUUUUUUCUGUGUGUGUAAUAAAUUCAAUUGUGAAAUGUAUUUUUUAUAACUUAAUUUUUACAUUUUUUACAUCAAAAUAAGUCAAUAUUUCUAGAUAUGCAUUGUUAGUCCAUAUUUGUGGAUGUUUAAGCUUGUUUUUUUGUUUGUUAUGAUGCAUAAAAUUUGAAAGACAAAUAUUUUAUAACCAUUUUGAGGGCUUUAUGAAGGGCAUUUUGAGAUUUAUAACAGACCCACAUUUUUUUGGUGAAAAGUGUGCAUAAAACCUGUGACAGGGAGAAUGGCUUUGAAUAUUUAGCCACAUUGACAGAUGGUACUUACAAAUAAAUUAAAAGUGGUUGAUUUUUAUACUCGACUACUACCCCAACUGUUAGCUUGUAUUUCAAAAAGGGAUAUAUGGUUCGCAGGAUCAAAGUCAACUUGACCAGCAGCAACAGCAGCAGGAGAAAAAGUUCCAGAUGAAUGCCAGCGCACCAGUAUUUCAGUCCAUGUAUGCUCAGGUAUGAGAGCUCAAACUGUCAAAUCACAGCAUUUCCUGGUGUUUUCAUAAAAAAGAACAUUUCUUCUAUGUACUAAAUAUAGGAAUGGGUUCAAGAAUAUCCUGAAAUUUGGCACAGGAUAUAAAAAAAAAAGUGUUUUAUGGAUUGUAAUUUUAACAAUUUUUAAAAAAUCGUUUUUUGUCCAUGAUGUUCCCUACAUUUAAAAAAAAUCCAGGCAUUGGUGUUUUUGUCAGCACUGAGUUAAUCCCAGGUUAUGGAAUACUUACUAAUUUUCUGAAAAAGUUUUUUCAAAGCUAGUUGCUAUUGUAAAUUCAGUAGUUGUCUAAAAAAUCAUAGGAAUUCAGAUGACAUUUUAAGAGCUUCUCUGCACAUCUAUUUUAACCAUAUUUUUAAAUAUUUUUUUUUAUUAAGUCUGUGUAUACUCAAAUGUUGUGUUCAUUUCUAGACAUUUGGAAGAUAAGUAUUCAUUUUUUUCAAUUGGUGUUUGAGAGUUAGAGAUGCUGGGAUAUGAGAGAGAAGCACCUUUUGUUCCAAAGUAAUACUGUAUAACUUUCUUAUGAUAAACAUUAUUUUGUUUAGGGCCAACCUGUUCCAGUCUCAGCACCACCACCAACUUCAGCUGUAGCAGAUCAACAGGUUUCUACUCCAGCUUCUGAAUUUACCAACACAUCAGCUCCAAGUGGAGAUUAUGGUCAGCAGGGAACAGAUUUUCAGCAAAACUAUCAAGGUAGUUGAACAAAAGAGACUCUUUUAAAAUUUUGUGUCGAAUUUAUGAAUAAUUUUUAACGUUGAUUUUGUUAAAAACGCUUUGCUCCAAUACUUAUUCAAAAGUUAGUUUGUCUGAUUAUUUCUGUAAAUACAUGUAAAAUCAACAACAAAGUGCCUUAUGAGUCCCAAACACCACUUUCACAUAUUCUUAGCCCUUCUCAUCCUCAUGGUUAUACAACAUUGGCUAUUUUUUAUUUAGGUAAUAAUGGAUUCCAAAAUUAUCGUGGUCGUCCAGGUUUUAGAGGUCGUGGCAAUGGUGGAAACAGAGGUACUGCUGCAGCAGGAAAUCCUGUUCAAAAUGGUUUUGGGGGUCGUGGAGGAAGUGCCCCAAAUACAAAUAAUAGUCGUGGAGGGAGAGGUAUAAUCCUUUAGGACUUGUACUCUUAUCUAUCGUAAAAUUAUACAAUUAUUUUUCUUGUUUGGCACACAUUUUAAAUGAUUAUUGGUUAAACUUCUUUGUUCAUUCAGAAUGUUAACAAAAUCAGUUCAUACAAUUCACUUUCUCAUAUUAUUGCUUAUUAACUUUUGCUUAAUCAUGACCUUUAAGUAGAAUUGAACUCUCUUUAAGUUCAAAAUAUUGAACUUCAAAAUAAAAUAUUACUUAGUUUUUACAUUUAUCAACAUUUGCUAUAUUUUUUAACUUCUCCAGGUGGCUCUUAUCAAGGUUAUCCUCCAAACAACAACUAUCGACCUGACAGUUUCCAGGGAGGUUACAACUCUGGAGCAGGCUUUACUGGAGGAAACUACCAGAAGCGAGGUGCCCUGAAUGCUGGAAGUCAAAGUGGUGGGAGUUACUCACGUGGAGGAGCCACUGGAAAUGCAAGGGGCGCGACUGGAGGUAAGAAAAGUUCUAAAGAUCUGAUAGAAAUUUAUAUCAUGUUCAAUUAGCUCCUGUUGCAAAUAAAAUAUGCUCUAUUUAAUCUGUAAUUGUUACUGAUUGAGGUCUGAUACAUUUUAUAUUUUAAUCCUCAAUAGCUGUUCGUGGCGGUGGAGGUGCACCCAGAGGAACUAGUGGAAGUGCUGCACCAAGAGGCUCGCCAAGAGGGGGUUUUAAUAGACCACAGCCUGCCCAGUAAACUGAUACUUGCUUUUUUCCCCCCCCCAGACGUGCAGUUGGCCUUAAUAAAGGGCAGCUGCUCUAUAAACUUGUUGCUUACUGAUCUUGAAGGGUUUGAAGCUGUAGUUUAGAAGUCAGGGAGCGUGUUAAUUACAUUUUUUAAAAUUUGCAAUCACUGCUAACAACCUUAAGAGAAGGUAGUUAAAACAAAACAAUCAAGGCACUUCGGUUGUAUCGUUUAUUUAAAAAAAAACUGAUUAAACAAAAAUUAAUAAAUAUGAAUAAAAUCAUUUGGUGAAGAUGGGCAGGAUUGCUGCAAACUUCACCAUCUCAUCUUGUCACACAUAGGAAAUCUUUUUAGUCCUCACUGAAGUGUUUUUACAUUCACAAAUUCAUCGUUUUUUUUGCCUGGUACCACAAUGGUUGUUGUUUAAUUGUACAGUACUACAAUCUUAAAAAAAAAAGUUAAUAUAAUGGAAUAAUUUAAGAAAAACUCAUAUUAUAUUUACGAUUUAUAAGGUUGUGAUCAAGAUCGACAAUGGCAACAUGCCAAUAUGUAAGGCCAGAUGGAAAAUAUUUCACUUAAGCUCUGAGCACUCGAGGUCUAUAAAGAUUUCCAUUCUAUGUAAGGUGAAUAGAUGCCUUAGUGUGACUUAGUCAUCUGUUCAUUAAUUUGUUGUGUGGCUUUGAUGUAGGAAUUUUUUGUGUAAGAAUCAACGACAAACAAGACAUACUGAAUCAUUGUUUCUUUUCAUAUUACUGUAAGAAUUAAAAUUCAUUGUUUCUAUUUUUUUUUUUUAAAGUUAGUGUUGGCUGCAAAUUUAAUUAGCAUCUUGAAUUAUGUUGUGUGGAGGAUGUUCAUUUGUGAGGAAGAUGAAACUAAAAUUGUAUUCCGUUAGUGAGUUUUCUAAACUUUAAAAUGUGACUUAUUGUUCCAGCCACAUUUUGUACUAAUUCAUGUUUUAUGUUUUAUUUCAAGAUCAUCCCCAUAAAAAACCCAAUAUUUAGGGUAUAUUAUGUACAUUUUGUUUUUGUGCUGCUCAAACUGAAUGGAAUCUUUUAGCUACAUAAUCAAUGGUAAAUUCAAAAUUUCACAUUUGGGACAUGAAUUUUCCUGAUAACUCUUGUUUCAACUCAUUAAAUAUGACAGCAUAAGCCAUCAGAGUCAGAAAUGAUCAACAUUAUUUUUGCAAGUUGAUAACAAACCUGAGAAAAUAAUGAACAAGAGUUGACCAUCAGCUAACAGUAUUAUUUAGUGAAAAUGGUCUACACUUGUGAUGGCCUUUUUAUUAAUAAAAAAAAAAGCAGUUGAAAUGUUAGUGUCUUUAAAUUUCUGUUUUAUUAUUUUUAUUGUGCUCGUGGAACAGCAUUUUUUAAGAAAUAAAAAAGCUCUGCCCACUCCCACUUCUUUUUCUUUGGGAAUAAAAGUUCAUUGAGCAAAAUAAUGCAUUUGAGUUACUAAAUUACUACUAAUUAAUUACUAAUACAAAUAAGUUAAUAAACUACCUUAGUUUUAGUAAGUUUUGUUUUACUUUGUAAAGUAACAUAUUUCUAGUUACACCUUUAGUUUUUCAAAACUUUGUUGGUAUUUAUAAAAAUGUAUCAGUCAUAAUUUUUAUUAAUUAUUCUGUCUCAUUUUAGUCCUAAUUAGCCUAAGCAUAGCAAAUGCCAUGCUGCUCCUAGUGAGCACAUCCCCUUCCCACUAUACAUUAUACAGUGUU